GUCGAUGGUCUGGAUGUGACCAAACUGGGACAAGCGAAUACAGUCUCUUUAUUACGUGAGAAACCGGUGAACAGUGUUGUGGAUCUACUUGUCUGGCGUCCCAAAGAUGUUGAAUUCGAUGGGGAUCGAGCAGUAGGACAGGCUACCACAACCACGACUACUGCCACGUCAACCGUCAAAUCGACAAAUCGCGUGGAAGUGGAUGAGCGACCCACACGAUCACCGUGUUCAGUAGACCCGGCGAAUGUGAAACGAUCCAGUCCGACAUCUCCCGCGCAUCUGCCGGCCAGUCAAUUGUACAAACUAUACGCCAUCGAUCCGGCUCAGUACAACCUACUCCAGUUGCACAUAAAUCUCCCCCAUACCCCAUCCUUGACCAUGGCCAACACAGUUGCGGGAUUGGCGGCAAAUAGCGGCAGCGGCGGCGGCAGCAUCGGCGGUAGCAUCGGUGGAGGCAGCAGCGUUGGUGGUGGCGGUGGAGGUGGUGGUGGUGGUGGUGGUGGUGGAACAGGUGCUGUGAAUGAUUUAGUCGCACUCUCCUCCGCGCAUCCGGUGACACUGGGAGUCAGUGUAUCAGUACGACCUUUAGCCAAUCAGCCGAUUAUCAUCAGUCAUCACCCAGAUGAUACUUCUAACAAUGCCGUGUUCGUAAGAACCGUGAUCGAAGGUGGACCUGCUUAUCUCGAUGGACGGCUGAAAGUAGGCGAUCGUUUGUUAACAAUUGACGGUGAGCCACUAUCUGGACUGUCCAGUGCGGACGCUUUGAAUAAAUUGAAAACAGUGAUUGCUCGUGAUAUGAUGGAAAGUCGUCCUCACGUGUGCUUGCUUAUUGCUCGUUCCCGAACACCGUCCAGUAGCACGGAUAUUCCUGAAUUGAGCACCAAGCGUGCCGCAACUCGCGCAGCUGCACGAUCCCAUCCGUCUGGCAGUAAUACAAAGGAUCCGUCUGGAAGAACCGAGACUGAGACGGCCACAAAUUUGGUAUGA